AUGGCGACUCAACAGUUGAUAUCUGAGAACAAAGAAGGAGCCGAGAUCCACCACGGUGCUGAUCUUUGCAAGAAAAAGUGCCAUGAACUUCUGGACGAACUCAAUCUUCCUAAAGGGCUUCUCCCACUAAACAAUCUUACCGAGAUGGGUUAUAAUCGCGCCACUGGUUUCUUUUGGGUCAAGCAAAAUAAACGUUACGAACACAGAUUCCAGGCUAUCGGAAAAACCGUUGCCUACGACACCGAGCUAUCGGCGUUUGCUGAGAACCGUCGGAUGCGUAAGAUUAGUGGAAUUAAAAGUAGUGCAGUGUUGAUGUGGGUGAAGGUUGCUGAAAUGUGCAUUGAAGAUCCGAGUUCUGGGAAAGUGAAGCUCACUAGUGCAGCUGGUCUCUCCAUGUCGUUCCCAGUCUCCGCGUUCGAACUCUAA